AUGAAUGUUGAAAAUAGCAAGACUUUGAGAGAUCCGCACGUAGUGAUCCUCAGUUUUCCCAAAUACUGCCGUUUCAGAGCGAUGAUGAAACGCCUAGAGGGCGUAGAGGAUAUUUACCUAAAAUACAAAAUAGUUAAUGCCUUGGGCGGCUUCUAUGUAGUCCAUCCUAACACCAGGGUACUGUUCUGUAGAGAUACAUUCGAUUAUCCAGAACUAGAAGGCCACGAAUUACUGUGUAAUCACCUGGCACCAAAGUUAAAGGGCCGACCUAGAGGACGGCGGAAAAAGAGAAGUGUUUCACCUGGAUCUGAGAGCAAUGAGUCUGAAUCUUCACUUACUACUAGUACAAAGGUUGAAAGUAAAAAUACCGUUCCACCCGAGAGUACGGCGAAUCCCAUUCGAAGAAGUACGCGUUGUCAUGAAAAUAACGAAAACAGGGAGUUUGUCAGAAAGCUAGGAGCCUUCAUGAAGUCAAAUCGCACCCCAAUAGGAAGAAUACCAUCUUUAGGUUACAAGGAAUUAAAUUUACAUGAAUUCUUCACAAGAGUACAAAAACUUGGAGGCUAUGAUUGCGUCACAACAAAUCGUCUCUGGAAGUCCAUAUUCGACGAAAUGAGUGGCCAUCAAAACAGUACCAGCGCAGCUACAGUGAUACGACGUCACUACGAAAGAUUCUUAUUGCCGUAUGAACGCCAUAUUCACGGUGAAGAAUAUAAACCAUUGCCUGUAUCGGAACGAAGAAGAUUGAAAUAUAAACGAGGAAGCGGCAGUUUGAGUGAUGCAGAUUCUAGUAGUGACAGUUCUUCGGUACCUUCAACGUCCAGAAAACCAUCUGUGUCGGAACAAGUUACCGAAAACAAGGAUAAUGUUAAAACGGAAGGAAAGACAUCUUCGUUGCGAAGCAUUCGAGUGAAACCUGAUAGACAAAAAGAUAAACAACUGCAAAGUGAAAAAGAUAACACCAAUAACAAUAACAACAACAAUGAAAAAUGGCAGUCACCGAUAAAGACGGAAGAAACAAAUGACAGCAAAGCAAAAAUAGAAAAACUUGUUAUUAAAACAGAAAGUAUGACAGUAAAAACUGAGCUGUCAACAGUGAUAACUCAAUCCCAUCCAGUAAAAAUAGAGUAUGCUACAGUUAAAAGUGAAACACAAAAUGAAAACGCCGAAAUUAAAAUUGAAAACAAAAAUAUACCGGUUACAAUUUCAGUUAAAAUAGAGACCAACUUACAAGCCGAAUCCAGUCCUGUGAAAUUAGAAGAAUGUCCUGUAGUGAAGAUUGAAAAUGAUCCAGUUCCACAAGAACCAGAUAAUAAUAACGUAAAAGUUGAGGUAAUACCUAUUAAGACGGAACCACUUACCUCAGCUGCCACACCAGUAGCUAUGAAAGUACCAGUCAACGAGAUCAUGUCUCCCGUAGAAGGCAAAGAGAAUAUUCCAAUUAUAAAAUCCACAGAAAACAAUGUGGAGAUUAUAGAAGUCCCGUGUAGACCUAGAGUUUCAGAAAGUAGUCGAGUCGAAAGUGAAAGUUACAGAAACAAUUUUAUUCAUGAAAUAAAGAAGCGAAAACUUGAUAUUCUAAAAGAAGGUGGUUUAGAGGUCACGCCAGUUAGACCUGCUGUACAAAAAGAUGGAAGACCAUCUGUCAUACAACCACCUCCUAUCCAGCUUAUACCCAAAUCGAUUAAAUCUGAAACUAUGCCUCCUCCGACCAGUGUUCCUUUAAAAAGAACUCAUAUUUCGGUUCCUCCAACAUUAAAUAUAAGCCAGAUACCAACUACUCCGACGAAAAAACCUACCGGAUCUAGUUUUAGUUUUGUUAACGGUGCUUCACCUCCAAAAGUAGUCCAAUCAAGAUCCAUUUAUUCCUAUUCUGAGAAAACUGUUUAUGGAAACCCUAAAGAUAUUUUAAGUCCCAUUGUUCACGCUCCUAAAUUCGUAGAUACCGUUUCUAGACACACGGGAGGAGAUCCAGUUGAUUUGUCCGUAAAUAGUCCACAAAAGCCCAUAGUUGAAAUAAUGCGAGUUCCUCAGACGUCAUCCAGUUCUCCAUACAAUAGAGAAAGCGUAACUAAAAACUUAUACAAAACGAAUUCCAUUAUGGACGGAAGAAGGUUAGGUCCCAACUUGGAAAUCACUUUAGUUGGUCCUAAUAAUAAAACACAUCCGAAUAACUUACAGAAAAUGUACAACUAUCCACCCAUUUCUACAUCCCAAGCGUCACCUCAAAAACGAGUAUCCACCAAUUAUUACUCUUCUUCAAAACUGACAAAAGGCGAUGAAAAUGGUAAGUUCAAAUCAAACGGUUCACAUCUGCAUCAGAGGUCACAUAUGGACUUGAAUUUACUAAUGAAACAGGAAUCCGCUAAACCCGCGACAAGUCGACAGUCCCAACAGAAUUUAAAACAAUUUUCAAAUCCUACAGUGCCAACGUUUCCACCGUAUUUAACACAACUGUACGAGCAAGCUAGUAAAGGUCUACCCCCUUAUUUACCGUUCAUGGAUCCCACGAUGUACUACACUGCCGCAAUGCAGAAUUUAUAUUCGAGUAACAACUUAAACUCUGCACCGAUUUUGCCCAUGCCCACCCCCGAGCAGCUCAAAUUAUAUGCCGAAUUAAUGGCCCAUGGCCGGAUACCGUAUCCUUUCCAAAUGCCUCACGAUAAUAACAAGUUGAAAAAACAGUAA